AUGGUCUCUUUCUCCCACCUGUUCGCCACCGGCCUGCUUGCCACUUCGGCCCUGGCUGUCCCGGUCACCGUUCCUCGAUCUGUCGAGGUGCAGAAGCGCAGCACUACCAACACUUCCAAGCGUGGCGCUGCCUACAACGAUGCUUCGACCGUCUCCCCGCUCACCGCCAGCGGUAAAGUCUCCUGGGCCUACAACUGGGGGAUGUCGCUGUACAGCGACCUGCCCUCCAAUGUUGACUUCGUGCCCAUGCUCUGGGGUGCCAGGGACUUCGGCGGCUGGUUCACUACCAUCGAGACGGUCUUGUCCUCCGGCAGCGAGUACAUCAUGGGCUUCAACGAGCCGGACAUGGCCUCGCAGGCCAAUAUGGCUGCCGCCGACGCCGCCAACUACUACAAGACCUACAUCACCCCUUACUCCGGCCAGGCUAAGCUGAUCUCGCCCGCCGUGACAUCGUCGACCAACGCCGGACAGGGUCUUUCGUGGUUGGAGGCGUUCAUGGGCGACUGCUCGUCCUGCGGCAUCACCGGCCUGGCCGUUCACUGGUACGGCGGCUCUGCCGACGAGUUCACGUCUUUCGUUACGCAGGCUAUCAACACCGCCUCCACCUACGGCCUGUCCGAGGUCUGGGUCACCGAGUUUUCGCUCAGCCAAGACGCCGGAGGUGUUACUGAUCCCGCUACCACCGCCGCUUUCCUUGAGCAGGUCCUUCCCUGGCUUGAUGCCCAGUCAAUGGUCACCAGAUACUCGUACUUCAUGUGCGCCGAGGGCUACCUGAUCAGCGGUGGCGCCCUGAACCAGGCUGGCCAGGCUUACACUUCCUAA